UUGGUUUUUAGCACAGGACUGAUCAGUGGAGUGCCAAUUGUAGCCUCGGCUGCUGGGUUUCCAAAACAAACGGGGGAAAGAGGACUGCCAGACAGGAGAACAGAGUGGAGUUCUUUGCACUUUCCUGUCGUUUACUAUUGAAAGUCUGAGCAGGAAGCCGGGUUGGUAGGGAAGUUUUAAGCAGCCAGGAAGAAAGGGAAUUGAAGCCAUUCCUGAAAGAAGUCAUGUCAUUGCUAAGGACAGAGAUGGGCAGCUGGCAAGGAAGCAACAGUUCCACCAGCAGCAAUGGGACAGAUCUAACCAUUGGUUUCACCUCAUCAGCAAUAGCAGUCUUGUUAUUUGGCUCAAACUUUGUACCGGUUAAGAAAUUUGACACUGGUGAUGGGAUGUUCUUCCAGUGGAUUCUCUGCACUUCUAUCUGGAUAGUUUCAUUAAUCGUCAACCUUAUUCAGAACUGCCCUAGAUUUUGGCCUCUUGCUAUGGUUGGGGGCUUUUUAUGGGCUACAGGUAAUGUAACAGUGGUCCCCAUUGUUAAAACCAUUGGGCUGGGCCUUGGGCUCUUAAUCUGGGCUUCUUUUAACUUGCUAACUGGUUGGGCGAGUUCAAGGUUUGGCUGGUUUGGAAUUGAUCCAGAAAUUGUGGCAAACCCAGUCUUAAAUUAUGUUGGAGCUGGACUUUCAGUGUUAAGCACUAUCCUGUUUCUUUUUGUAAAAACUGAUGUUCAGAGCUCUUCUUCAUCAUCAGAAAGCACUCCAUUACUAAGAGAACAUUCAAUCAAUACUUCUGAACGUAGGAAUGAAAACCGAAAUGAUGUAUCAUGGGUGGACAAUCUUUCUCCAUCAGGAAAGAGAAUUAUAGGCUGUUCCCUGGCUGUGAUAGCUGGAAUACUGUACGGUUCUAGUUUUGUGCCUGUGCUUUACAUCAAGGAUCAUGGCCGAAGAAAUGGAACGACAUAUACAGGAGCGAGUCAGUUUGAUUUAGAUUAUGUCUUUGCGCACUUUAGUGGCAUCUUCCUUACAAGUACCGUCUACUUUUUGAUCUACUGUGCAGUAAUGAAAAGUCAUCCUAAAGUGUAUCCUGAAGCCAUAAUCCCAGGAUUUGUUUCUGGUUUACUGUGGGCAAUAGCCAAUUGCUGUUGGUUCCUAGCAAAUCGUUACCUCAGUGCCGUGGUCAGCUUUCCAAUAAUCACUGCGGGUCCUGGCUUUAUAGCUGCAAUGUGGGGAGUCCUGGUCUUUAAAGAAAUAAAGGGUCUGAAAAAUUACAUUUUACUCUUAAUAGCCUUUUGCAUUAUUUUGGCUGGUUCACUCUCAACAGCUUUUUCUAAAGUCUGAAGAAUAUCGUUUGAACCAACAGAUGGCAGCACUGAUACCUGGAUUGGAGGCUGCUCCCAGUUCCCCUGAGUUUGAGGAUAGCUUUCAGAACAGGGGCUCACCAUAUGGUUCUUUGAAUCAUAGCCACAAGCUGCUGUCCUUGUGAAGCAUGAACUGCUUUGUGCAGGAGCACAUUACUGAGAGCGAGCAGCCCAUUUGCCAAAGGCCCAUAGCAGAGUGAUAGAACAAGUAGGUUUGGACCAAGAUAGCUUUUUCGCUCCAUUGUGCUCAGUUGUCCUUCUUACUGCAGCUUCCAUCUCACGUGGCUUUUUUCCGUGCAAGUCUCAUGUUCUCGCCAUAUAGGGUUACCUGCUCUGAGUUGGGAAAU